AUGGAUCAUGUGGUAAAGAUCCUCUGGAUACUGGCUGUCUACAGCGCAAGUUUACAAGACAUGUCUGUCCACGGAAUGGUGGACUUUUCUAGCCCUUGGGAUACUCGCGUCAGCUCUACGUUGGACUUCCUUCAAAGGGAUCCUUGUUGGGGUCUUUCAAGAGGGCCCAAGUGCAAUCAUUCCAUUUUCAGCAAUCUCAAUACCAGGAACAUUAUGCUUUACACUGCUGAAACGCAAAGAAAACUUCGCGUCAUUCUACCUGAUAGAAGAGAGCGUCGCCUCACUUCCGGCUCCUCAAAAAACAAGUCUUAUGAUGCUGUUUUUGUGCUAGAUCCCUUCCCCGACGCAAACUUGGGCCACACCGUUUUUAUUUUUCUCCUCAACUUCAACGUGAGUCGAACUGUCUGCAACAAAAGUAUGAACGGUUUGCACGUAUUUACUGGUAAGUGUAGGUUUUUCAGUAAUCUUGGAUACGCACUUGAUUACAUUUAUCUCUUGCUCCGAUCUAUAUGCGAUACAAUAUAUGCGUGACCUGGUGUAGGCAUUCCAGCCCCAAUAUCGUUCCGCAAUUACUUUUAUUUAGAAGAGUUUUUAAUCUUUCUCUUUCUCUCUCCCUCAGUUAAGUAUCUCGUUAGACUCGGAGAGUGGGUUGAAUGGAAAACUCAAAAACUGAUACAUCUGUGAAACUGAACCAUAAACUGAAGUGGAAAGUGAUAUUGUACUUCAACUUGCAGUGAUAUUUUAAAAGCCGCAUAAGUUUAUUUAGUGUAGAAAAAUUUGAUAAAUAGUUUAAAACUCGCGGUCUGAUAUUGCAAGUACAUUCUCUUAAUAUAGGCUUGAGACAUGCUAUUUUUCAUGUAAAUUGAUUCUUUACUCGACCUUCUAAACUGAAACGAUGAAAUCCUACUACAGUGUACCAUUCUCUUAGCUCUUUAACUCCAGGGGAUGCGAAAUAUGUUUAUAAAAAAAUAAAACAAAUUUAGUGUUGUAAAAUAUUGAAAAACAUGUUAUCGUUCAAAGUUCCGCUGGAGAGGUUUCAUUUGAAAUGGUCACACUAUUUUGUCCACAGCCUAAAAAGUUAGAAUAACUCUACAUUUUGUUCCAUAAUAUGACUCUGAGUUAAAAGUUUCAUCAGUAGUCCUGCUACGUUUCCAGUGUAUUUCGCAGAAAGCGAUUAAAUUGACAAAUUGGCAACUCUAAGCAGUGAAUGUCGUAUAUAUCGGUGUGCUUAGUAUACUUUUUUUCUCUACAGGCCGUGACGAGUGUAUCAGAAGAGUGGAAAAGCGCCACUGUAUAAACCGUUCAGACCGUUUGCAAAAGCAAUUCAAAUGCGAGGUCAACUUCCUGCCGCUGGUUUAUGAAAAGGGUGACCAAUUACGUAAACAGCGUUUAGACUGCCGCCCUCAGCUCGACACUCUCACGUUUGCAAACUGCAGAGCACGGGAGUCCUUCCGACAUCCUUGCAACCCUAAUUCCGCGCGAUGUAAAUCCGCGACUCCUCCAUCGAGGUGCACGUACGAACGCUGUAAUCAUGCUGUGUUGGUAACUGGAGGCUGGAGCCGCGACACGAGCCGUCCACGGUACCGAAACAACCUCCGCAAUGUUUGGAAAUUACUGCAUCACACCAUGGGUUACAAAAAGGAAUCCAUCGUAACCUUUUUCGGGCAGGGCCGCAAAGAAGAUCGUAAGUAACAAGAUUCUCUUUUCUGUUUGUCUUUAUCAUUUAUUUGGCGAAAGAAAAUUACUCGGGCGGCAUGCCUAAUUUUGAGAACAGGCUGAAACUUUUAAUUCACUUUGCAGUCGGUGAAACUUCGUCAAAGUCAUUAAUAAGUGCAGCUACAAUCCUUUUAUUGUCAAAGAUUUUUCGCUUGUUCGCCGUUCUUAAUGACAUUUGCUGUUUCUUAACGAUAACCGAACUUUUCCAUAUCCCAUAUGUAAUUCUUAGGGACAGCUUCACCGGUAGAAUGAUUUGUUGCGUUGGUCAUGAGUUACUUUUCCCCGCUUUCAUGCAACAUGCACCUAUAUGCGGUUUUGCUCGGUAUUCGUUAAUAAUUUGUCGCAACGGGUCGUAGUUAUAAGCGGCUCGAUUUAAAUCCCUAAUGUGCUAAAUUGUAAAUAGGCGAAGUGCUGCGGUAAUUAAUUUUGAAACCGAUACCUUUCACUGUAAUAUUCACAUUUCAACGAGCGGUUUGUUCGCUAGACGAAAUAAAAACAACUUCGCUUAUUAGAAUAAGAAAACACUUUAUUAAAGUGGUUUUUAAUUGCCAAGAAAAUCUACGAAACAUUCACAUUUCAUCUUUACCGCUUAAAGACACAAGCGCGUAUCGGUUGUUAAAAACGUUUUGUGACUUCGUCCUUUCGCAUCUUCUUUUUAACACACCGGCGAAGAAUUGCGAAACUAAAUGACUUAACACAUCUUUACAAUCACUUCAUUAAACCUUAAACUGUUCUCUUUGUGUGAAUUGAUCCAUCUUUCUUGAACCGUAGUUUUUGAGUUUCAUGCAUAAAUUGUUUUGAAAAAGUAUCGAAAAGCAGGUCGAUUCAGCAAACCGAAUCACCGCUUCUUCCGACAAAGGCUAGAAGAACUUAAUAACAGUUUUGAAACUUUCCAGACUUAAAACAAAGAAUCACGAAAAUUGUAAACUGGGUUCGAAAUCAAAACAGUAGGCAAUGGGUGGUAUUUUUAAUAACGUUCUUAAAACAAUGAGGUGGAAUUAGCAAAUCAUGAAACUUUCGAUAUUGUAAUGAAAAAAGAAAUUAAACUCCAUGUUCUUAAGGAGAGCUCAGAGGUGGGGUAAGUUGGAGUCUUUCUUAUUUUGAUGAAGAAAAAAAAUCAUGUGGAGAUUGUUAACAAUAAAAAAGUCUUUACACUUUGCCGCCAUGUAAUGAAGCCGCAUUUUUUUGCAUUCAUCUGUUAAAAAGCUUUUGACUUUUGGAGCUCUCGUAGAUUCCUGUAAGGUUGUAGACUGGCAGAUAUGUUUGGAACUUUCCAGUAAGAGUGUCAAGUAAGAAAUGUAUGCGAAAUUUUUUUUAAUACGCAUUCUUCUCACGUGGAACUCUCUCUUUUUCUCUUCGACGGCAGCUAACAGGCUGAAAACGUGCUAUGUUAUUUUAAGAUUUUAAUUGACCCCCAGAAUAAACAAAAUGGAUGAAACAUAACGUUUAAAAAUACCGCGGCCUUAAUCCUUGGUUCAUUCCAAAAUAACUACUCUAAUUUCGGCAGAAUCGUCCGUGAGUUGUAUUUGGAGAAGCCGAAAGAUGGAUUAUUCUAAUUCAUUAAUUAUAGUUUCACGUACGCCUAUUCUGGCAAGUUUGUGGCCUUCUUCCGUAUUUAACGGAAGCCUUUAUUUUAUUAUUAAAUUAGAAUUUGUUAUUUUUGCUCCAAGGUCAGGCUUUUUAUACUGAAAGGUUUAAUUAAGUAAAUUGAGAUCAUCUUUGACCGCCUCGGCCUGCAAGCACGUACUGAGUUGCAUAUCAUUGCAGCCUCUUUGCACUCUUUUGUUGCUACAGGAUUUGGCCGUAAACUUAGAAAAAAAGAUUAACUAACGGUAUUACUCACACAAUAGGUUAUUCCACCACGCAGCAAAAAUUUUUCCAUAUCGCUAUUCAAAGCACGCACCACAAGGCUACAUUCUUCUUGAACACACUGAACAAAAUCGGAGUUUAUUUUAGAAUUUAGAAGGUUGUAAACCAUGGCCUCUGUUCAAAGUUUCAUUUCAACUCACUCUAAGUUGGAGAUAGUUUUUUCCCAUUACGGUAGCGCUUAUUCUCACCUUAUUCUCGGCGAGUUUGAAGCUGACCUAACACAUGUUUGGUUUCUCAAAAACCUCUCUUGCCCUCACGUAAGAAUUCAAAAACUAACCACUAAUGACUGAGGAAAGAUUGAAGAGUAACUCGCUGAAGUAUGAGUCGAGAUCUUCAAAUAGAGUCCUGAAUCAAAUUCCCUGCUAGUAGAAGCCUGUUUCGCAAUCGCAUCCUUAGAGAAAAAGCCUUCAAAUAUUAUCGAAAAAUACUGAAGAUGAUUUCUCCAGGAGUAGCAAUAACAAAAAAAACGGAAAUCAUAUUGGGGAGAAAAUGGCCGCGAGAAUGAAGACAAUUUCAACGAUCCCGCAGUAGGCAUGAUUCAGUGAUGACUCAAACAGUUACAGUUUUUCGAAGGGUGAAGUUAUCGUCCCUGCAUCGAUUGUGUGAAAAAGUCUUAUUAUCAUUUUUAGGGACUCGAACUGUUGAAUUUCCUGCUGUUCUAAUGUUACGUGGGUCCUUAGUCUUGGAGGUAUUGACUUGACAUUAUAGAGUCAUGCUGUAUAAAAAAACUACAACAUACCUUAACAAACUUAUGCGAGCCAGAAUCAUCGAGUCUUCUUCACCGUUGCAAUGAAUGCUACUGAGCAGUACUUUGUUGUAGGGCUAUUCGUUAUCUUUACAAGGUGGUUUAAAGGUUUACUUUAGCUAAGCUGAAAAAAUUCUGUGUCCUUUAUAAAUAUUUAAAAAAGUGUUACAUGUGGCCCUUGUUGUGAAAACGGAAUGGGGUAAUUGUAGAUUAACGAAUUUGGUUUAUUCACCAACUGAUCAAGCGUUCUCUUAUCCUAGUUGCCGGUCAUCAAGGGCCCAAAUCCUUUCCAGUGAAAAGUUCAACAGUUGUGAAGGAAUACAUCAGGAAAAUAUGUCGAUCAGGGCCUUGUGUGGACACGUUAACUCUUUACUUAACGGGGCCAUCAACUGGCGAUGGCUCUCUCUUGUUCUGGGACAAUGGAGACGGAAUCACGCAAGAUUCUGAGCUCUACUCACCCAGGCAUCUUUUGGAUAAUAUCAAGAACUGCUCAGCAAAACGUAUCUUUCUCGUGGCCGAUUACAGCUAUUCUGGAGCUUUGAUCGAAAAGCUGAAGACUAGAAUGACACGGCAUCCGAAACAAUUUUCUAAUCUCAUGGCUAUUUCGUCCUCAUCGUUGGAGGAACCUGCCUGGCGAAGUGAUUUCACCGACGCGUUUAUCAAGCAUAACAAACAAGGAAUUACCACUACAUGCGUUGCAGAUGUUUUCCAGGUAGGAUCUUUCUCUGUUCAAAGGAAACCCUUACAGUAACUUCUGAUUACACUACUGAGAAUCAACAGACAAUUAUUAGUUCAUUACAACAAGCCCUUCUCUGUUGUCAGGCUUUGCUUCCCAGUCAGUGGUUGUACAGAAAAGUUGUACCGUUCAAUUUGACCAUUCUAAAUAAUAAUUAAAAUGGCAUUUUUGGGUUGUUUCUGCUUCAUUUACGCUCUUUUCUUUUUAUAAGAAUGUUGUUUUUCCGGCCCAGGCUGAAUAUUCUUAUUUUUUCUGCCGACUUGAGGCUGAAAAUAUUCAUAUAUUCUUGUAUCAUUCUGCGGACUUUUCCGUUUAAGAAUAUACUUGGGGUAUAAAUUGCAGUUAAUAGCAAUGGCACGUUUGUUUUCAGUUUCUUUUUGGUGGCUAGUUUUGCCGUUAAUAGAAAGGAAUAGUUUCACGGUUAAUUUAGGCAUAUAAUUUUAUUGUAUCAACAGAUUUUCAACACACAAAAUUAUAUUCCCUUCAACCUUGGGGUUUAUUCUUAUCAUAUUCUAAAGAUUUUGCAAAUUUCAGUCAGGCUCGAGAUUCUUAUAAAAUAUAUUCUUUUAAGUCAGUAUUUUCCUUUUAACAUGGUAUUCAAUUCUGCUCUCAGCGGCUUACUCCUUCCGUGAUCUGUGAUGAUAGUUCAACUGUACUUUUCCUGCAGUACGUUUCCGCGGAACUGCCCUUUUAAUUUUCAAGUAUUUGGUAGAUUUUUGGCAAAUUUUACUUCAAACUGACCCCUCCAAUAUUUACCACUAAUGAACUCAUUUCCGUAAAACAUGCGAAGCUAUACCUUUCAACAAGCUCGCGUCGCGCAAAUUACAUAAGACGGCACGUGCCGUUUUUUCAGUGGUUAACCAGGUCAAUCAGGUCUUCCGCCGGUUUAAGGAGGAAAUUACGCUGGCAUCAGUUCCAUUUUUCCUCUCAGGAAAACAUGUUUCAAAGUAUGUUAGAAGAUAAAAAAUUUCUUAACUCGAUCGUUUUGCAAAAUGUAGAAAAGCAAACGAUACUACAGGAAGAGACCGAUCACAAAGUGGUGUGGUCAAAAACCUGAAGGAAAAAAAGUCGUUUAUGAUGCUUUCUUUUAUCUUCACUUUAUUACUGACAUCGUCUCUGUUAUUGCGUUCAGUUAAAACUUUACUUUGAGGUUGUUCAGAAAAUUGAGGACCGUGCUUAAUUCGAGUUCAAUUUUUACAUUGUAUAUAGAUCAUUUUCAUGUUCGUAACUUUUUUACAACUCUUAUUGCGCAUUGAUCAGUUGACCUUUAGAAAUCAAUAUUCGACGGUGAAAGGUGUGCGUUUUCCCUUACAUCUUUCCAAUGAAUAUCGAAUUGUCCGUGCAACAAAAGUCGAGAGACUGUUGAAAACGGCUGCAAUUUUUGACGUUACAACAAAUGUUCAAUUGGAGAUAAGUACGCAGAAAAUGUAUGGAGAACAGCAGAAAAUAUUUAUCGAUACUGAUUAGAGAGUAUUGGGUUAAAAUAUUCAAGAGAAGGUCAUAGAAAAAUUCAAGUGACUUUCAAGUACUUCUACGUGUAGGAAACCUCACACUGUUAACGUGUGAAGAAGCAUCUUUUAAUUACAGGAUACUCUCAGUGUUUUUCCUGUUUAACAUUUCCUUGUUGUUCUUUUUUCAGAAGGGCAUUCAACCAGAUUUUCAUGCAAAGGGCGCGCAGUCAACACCGCAGAUAGUCCGAAGCAACUCCUCUUCCACCAACACAACUCUUAGUGGACACCCAUGUAACGAACCAUGGAGAAAUGUUACAGCCAGGAGGCCUUGUAAGUUACUUAGGAUAGACGAAUGGCUUAAGCGGGAUGGCUGA